AUGGCUGCAUAUUCCUUGACUGCCAUGCACACGAUAGUUUCGCUGAAACAAAGCCCUUUGGCACUAUAUUCCACCUCGAUAGCCGACAAGACACCCCCCAAAUUCUCUCUUGCUAUUCCCGCUUCGUCCAGGUUCAAUGAAAUUGGUGUCCAGCAGCUAAGCGACCAUAUUCAUGGUCAAGUUUUUCCGGGAAAGGGCCGAGUGCCUGAUCCCGAACUCGUGGCUCUCUCCAAAGACCACUUAGCCAGACACGAACUUCUCGGCAAAUCUCAGACUGGCGCUGAUCCGAUUGCUUUCGAUCUCCCACCCCUUCACGGACAUACACUUGACGAACACUUCUAUAAGAUUGGAUCAGAUGCGUCGGAGCCUUAUUUGACAUACGCGAAGAGUUUUGCCACACUGAGCUGUCCUCCCAAACCGAGGAAGUGGCUGAAGCGAAGCGGUUGGACAAAGUACAACACAGACGGAUCUUCCGAGUCUGUCGAGGCGCCAGGGGAGGCAAUGUUGACCUUCGAUACUGAGGUCAUGUAUAAGGAUAACCCUUAUGCAGUAAUGGCCUGUGCCGUGAGUCCGACCGCCUGGUACGCAUGGCUUUCUCCAUGGCUCCUGGGAGAAACCGACAGCAAGAUCCAUCUGAUUCCCUUGGGUGAUCCAUCUCAACCGAGGAUAGUCGUUGGUCACAACAUAGGUUACGAUCGCGCACGAGUGCUGGAAGAGUAUGACAUGGAGCAAUCUCGGAACUUCUUCCUUGACACGAUGUCCCUGCAUGUUGCUGUUAAUGGAAUGUGCUCGCAGCAGAGGCCAACCUGGAUGCGCCAUAAGAAGAACAAGGACCUCAGAGACAAAAUCGCAAGCGAGCACAACUCUGCCGAGCUGGCAGCGUUGCUUGAGAGCAACAUGCUCAGGGAAGAGGAGGAGGAGCUGUGGGUUGGGAGAAGUUCGGUGAACUCACUGAGAGAUGUUGCCAAGUUUCACUGUGAUGUCACCAUAGACAAGGCUCAAAGAGACUUUUUUGGAGAGCUAGACCGAGAGACACUCCUCACAAAGUGGGAAGAGCUCUUGGACUACUGUGCUGCUGAUGUUGCGAUCACACACCGCGUGUUCCGAAAGGUUUUCCCUAAUUUCCUCGAGACGUGCCCUCAUCCUGUCAGUUUCGGAGCUCUUCGACAUCUCUCCUCUGUCAUCUUGCCCGUCAACCAAACUUGGCAGGAAUACAUUGCGAGAGCCGAAGAGACCUACCACAAACGGCUCGACGAUGUGCAACGGAAGCUUCGGGAACUCUGUGAUGCUGCAUUGGCGGUCAAGUCUCAACCCGAUGUCUACACCAGCGAUCCUUGGCUGCAGCAGCUGGACUGGUCUGGCCAGGAGAUCAAAAUGGUGAAGGGCAAGAAGAAGAAUGAUCCACCACGGCCGGCUGCCAGGCAGAAGAAGCCCGGAAUGCCCAAGUGGUACAAAGACCUAUUUCCUUCCAGUAAUGCCGACAUCAACCUCACCGUGCGCACAAGAAUUGCACCAAUCCUGCUCAAGCUCUCUUGGGAUGGCUACCCUCUCGUGUGGUCGGACAAGUACGGAUGGACCUUCAGAGUUCCUCGUGAUCAAGUCAAAAAAUAUGAAAAUCAACCUGUCGUUGUUUGUGAUAUGAACGAGGAGCAAAACCUUCAGCUUCGUGACGACCGAAAGAAUGCAUACUUCAAAAUUCCCCACAAAGAUGGGCCCCAAGCUCGAUGUACAAAUCCUUUGGGGAAGGGUUACAUGCAGUAUUUUGAGCGUGGAGUUCUCUCGUCACAGUUCGAGCUUGCUAAAGAAGCAUUGGAGAUGAAUGCUUCAUGUUCGUAUUGGAUAAGUGCCAGAGAUCGCAUCAUGGGUCAGAUGGUCGUAUUCCAAGAUCAAAUGAAGAAUAUCCAGACGGACGUGAAGUUGACUGAAGGCCGUCUGGGAUUCAUCUUGCCUCAAGUGAUUCCCAUGGGUACAAUCACCCGCCGUGCUGUCGAGAAUACCUGGCUCACCGCCAGCAAUGCAAAGUCCAACCGGGUGGGCUCCGAGCUGAAGGCCAUGAUCAAGGCUCCGCCAGGUCAUGUCUUUGUCGGAGCAGAUGUGGAUUCUCAAGAGUUAUGGAUCGCCAGUCUGGUAGGGGACGCGCCUUUCCAGCUGCAUGGGGGAAAUGCCAUUGGAUUUAUGACCCUUGAAGGAUCCAAAGCUGCAGGAACCGAUCUUCAUUCUCGCAGUGCUUCAAUUCUGGGUAUCUCGCGGAAUGACGCAAAAGUCUUCAACUACGGUCGAAUCUACGGAGCUGGGGUGAAAUUUGCUGCGACGCUACUGCGCCAGUUUAAUCCAUCCCUCACCGAGAAACAAACCCAAGAGACUGCAGCUAAUCUUUACAAAGAAACCAAGGGCACUCGCACUUCCCGUCGGGCUCUCCGAGAGACCCCUUUCUGGCGAGGUGGCACGGAGUCCUUUGUUUUCAAUAAGCUCGAGGAAUUUGCCGACCAAGAGAGGCCUCGCACCCCAGCUCUCGGCGCGGGAAUCACCGAAGCGCUCAUGCGUCGCUUCAUCAACAAGGGCAGUUUCAUGACCUCUCGCAUCAAUUGGGCCAUUCAGUCUUCGGGUGUUGAUUAUCUUCAUCUCCUCAUCGUGAGCAUGGACUACCUCAUUCGACGAUUCAACAUCCAAGCUCGGCUCGCCAUUACGGUCCACGAUGAGAUCCGUUAUCUGGUCAAGGAAGAAGACAAAUAUCGCGCGGCCCUCGCCCUCCAGAUAUCAAAUGUGUGGACGCGGGCUAUAUUCUCCCAGCAAGUCGGUAUUGACGAUCUUCCUCAGUCUUGCGCAUACUUCUCGGCCGUUGAUAUUGAUCACGUCUUACGAAAAGAGGUUGAUAUGGACUGUGUCACUCCAUCUCAUCCAGAAAGAAUUCCUCACGGCGAGACCCUGGAUAUCUCCCAGCUACUGGAGAAAAAUGAGGCAGCAUUCUUAGAUCCCUCAACUGUGCCGGUUUCGCCACCUUGUCCCGAGCAAUACAGUUAUACCCCCCGAGAGUCGGUCAUGUCCUCUUUCCAGGCAUCUAAUGAUCUCGCGUUUAUUAAGGCCCAAAUCACCAAGGAUGACAAAGAACUGCGUGAUAUUAUCAGGGAGAAAACUCAAGCUGCACACAGCGAUAAAGCUGCUGUCACCCGACCCUCUUUUUCGAAAACACAGAACGCUCCCAGCGGGUGGGCAUCAGCCCAGCCUCAACGCGCAGUGCUCAUGGAUGUUGACUCUGGGCUCUACCCUGACUUCAGAAGCCCUCGAUCCACCAAUAAUGGAUCUGGCAAGUCUCAACAUCAGGUGGGCAUGUACAAAUCCUGGAAACCCCGGCCUUCAGCUCGAGCACAGUCCUAA